ACUCGUCAAAGGUGAUGUCGCGAGAGUGAAAGAAGCGGUGAGACGGCGGGGGAUAGAAGUGCCAGUCGGAUGCGUCAAGGGGAAAACCGAGGAAGACGCAGUGAGCAGUGAGCUUGUCCGUGCCGGAGGCACGGACGUGAGCAAGGCAGCCCCAGACGUGGAACGCAGACGCGUCACCAGGAGACCCAGUCCAAAGACGGGUCGGCGAAACCUGCGGCUGCUGGGGGUGCAGCCACAGGUUAAGCUGGUGCGAAGCGUAGCGCACGGCGAACGGCCACAGAAAAUGGGGUGCACCGGCAUGGAUCAUGGAGGUGCGAGCCACCUCCAUGACCAAACCGAUGCGUCGCUCAGCGACCCCAUUCUGCUGUGGGGAGUCCGGUAGGGUGAACGUCUGGGUGAUGCCCUCCGCACGACAAAAGCGACCAAGGACACCUGAGGCAAACUCGCCACCACGGUCGGAGUGAAGACGCAAGACAGGGAGACCUUUGGUGGACACGGGCAGAGACAAGCCAGGGGAUGAGAGCGUCAGGCAUGUGGGCCUUCCGCUCCAGGGGAAAGACCGAGGUGUAGCGAGUGAAGUCGUCGACAAGCACUAGGAAGUAGCGCUCUCGACGCGGCCCAUGGACGGGGGCGGGGCCCCAGACGUCCAUGUGCAGGGUCUGCAGUGGCGCGGCGGUAGGGGGAAACGAGGAGGAGUGAGGGGCACGGCGAAGCCGACCCUCGACGCAAGGCGUGCAAGGUGGGGCUGGGGAGGAGGGAAACGCGGGGAGAGAACCAGGGAGACCAAGGACGAGACCGUGCUGGGACAUGUGACGCAGACGUGGGAGCGCAGGGUGACCUAGGCGGUGGUGCCAAAGGAGAGUCGGGUGAGUGAUGGACCGACAGGAGCAGGCAGCAGCAACCUGGGUAGACGCAGCCACCUGAAGGGGCGCCCCAGCCGGGGGGGUCACGGUGUCCAAAGUGAAUAGGCCGGGCACCGGGUCCAGGGGGAACGUGGACAGGGGGGCACCAGUGGCGGCCUCGGUACAGACAGCAUACCGCUCGUGACCAGGGAACGUAGUGGUGACGCCAAGGUCCUGGAGGCAGCCGACACCAACUAGGUUCCUGGAGAACGAGGGGAUAUGCAGACCUGUAAGAGAGCCCGAAAGAACCGCCGGACAGGGAAGGGUGGUGGAACUGCGGGCGACUACCGGACCGCCGGAGGGGUCAGCUAGGGAAACGGCAGCAGGAACAGGAAGCGGCGUCAGUGUAGUAGAGUCACGGAAGAAGCACCGAGAAGCGCCAGAGUCCAAGGUGAAGGAAAGCGAAGCAGUGGCGUCUGGCGGGUGCCCCAAAAACCAGACGUAAGCCCCGACACUUGCGCUUCGAUUUUUGUCAGUUUUAAACGCAUGUUCGCGCAACAACUGAAUUGGGAUCCGGCAAAUGUUUUCACAGCGACCCAAAAUUACAAUUCCA